UCUGAUUCGGUGUUUCAGAAUGACUGUGCGCUGCAAUUGCGGCGGUUGUGUUGUUAGCAGAAAUUAGGUGAAAACAGUUCGGGUUCGUUGCGAUUGCGAGUGAAAGCAUAGAUUAGGAUUGGCAACAAAGGAUUCGUUCAAUUAUCGAUAUCAGAUGUUUAGUUUCGAUAUUCUAAUUGGGAUAUCGCGGUGAUUGUCCCGAGCAAUUGUUGUUUUGAUCACGUAAUUAGCAUCAAUUAAGCAAGCAGCUGACAAUAUAAAAGAAGAAUUUUGGGACAUUCUUUCGAGUUCAUCCUUUGUUGUCGUAGUGAUUAGAACAUAAUCUGAUACUGCUCAAAGUAGGCCAUGGAUGCGAUACAGCUGACGGAAGUGGAAAAAGCGGCAAAAUCUCUUUUCACCAAGUUGGUAACGGAAGCAAGUACGAAGCCAUGUGAUGUAGGAAGCGGAGCGGAUCUGGAAUUUAAGCUACCCCAAUGGUUUGACGAUGCAAAAUUCAAAAGAGGACAAAAGUACUUUUUCGACAACCGCUUCGGUAUGAUGCAGUCCAACUAUUGCGGUUUGGUGACCCUUCUCUGCGAACCGAAGGGUUUGAUGAUUCUGAAUAACACCGGUCGCUCGAGUACCCCGGAAACAGCACGCAAACGCUAUCUUUCGACCGUCCUGCACAUGCUGUCGUGGUACGAAAUCGACCUCUCACCUGAUUCAAAAUCUUGGGCAUCACUUAAUCGCGUUCGCAAGAUGCACCUGAAUGCAUCGAAAAAAUCCGACGAAAAGCGAACCGGUUUCAUCACCCAGGCGGAAAUAGCUUUCACCACGUUCGGCUUUAUGGGCUAUGCCCUGGUGCGUCCGCAUCUGCUUGGCAUUCGGUACGACAACGACGACGAUCGGGAAGCGUUGGUCCACUUUUGGGCCGUUAUCGGCGCGAUGCUGGGCGUGCAGGAUCAGUACAACAUUUGCUUGCCCAAGCUGGCGGUGGUUGAGAUGAUCUGCCACAUGUGUUUGAGAUAUAUUUUUAUGCCACUGCUGCAGUUCGAAUCGCCCCUGUUCCGGAAAAUGAUUUCUGCCGUUGUGGAUGGAUUGGGAGAGUUUGUGCCCUUCGAUUCGUACGAUAGUGUGAUUUGGUUCGUAAGGAGGGUGGCUGGAAUUCCCGGGUACCAGUACGGUGUAGAUAUUGAGAAGGAAACGAUUUGUCGCAGAAUCUACAGUGACGAGGAAUUAGCUUCGAUGCGAGCUGUGUAUCUUGGAAAGGCUGGCUACGAGUAUAUGGAUAGUGCGAUAUUUGAUGCUCGAAUUUUGCUGUUUGACGUGAAGAAAGUCUCUGAGGUGUGUGAGGUAAAUCAAAAUAGUCUGGAGAAAAGCACGGUUACUGGGGUCUACAGCGAGCUGCAUGAGGACGGUAUGAAAAAGAAGAAAGUUUUAGCGAAUCUGUUGGAACUUAGUCAUGAUGAGGAACUGGUAAUAACCGCGGUUGAUGAUGAGGAGAACUGGAGGAGCUACCUCAACGAUUCGAAGUUGAAAAACUUAUCGAAUAAAGAUUUGGGGUAUUUGAAAUUCAAGUGUAGGUUGAUGGAGAACUGUUAUUCUAGAAUUGGAAACUUUAUCAACGAAGCAUUGCUGAGUCUGAUGUUAUACCGAAUGAGAAAAGCUCAUUCUAAAUUGUCCUAGACAUUUCGAAACGUACAUAUGAGUUAAGCACCAUAUAAAAGCUUUACCUGACAAAACAAUAUUGUGAUGGUUUUCUAAUAUGAUUACAAUUCAAUUGUGAUGAAGAGCAAUACACGGAAGAUAUUUUUCCUUAUAACUGUUAUUCAUUCAGUGUAGAAUGGCAAUGGAAUAGAAUAGUAUGUAAGCGUUGAAAUAAAGAAAUA